CAGAGCUGCGCGUCUCGGCUUCUCCGCGCGUCUUUCUCGUUCUCUCCUCUCCAAAGCGCGGAGGCUGUCGCACUUUUGAACGGAAUGGACAGAAGAAAAGAGGAUAAAGUUUGAGAAGGAGCAAAGAGACAGAGCAGAAAGGAGGCGCACAGGCGGGAAGUAGAAGUCCGAGGACAGCGCUGGAGGAAAGAGGGAGCUAUGCGUAGUCCAGUCGUCCUGAGUGGCGCGUUGGAGCUGCAGCAUGCUGUCUCUCUCUGGACUCUGGUGCUACUGCCUCGUGCCCGGGAGAGCUCCUCUCCUCUUCCUCACACCGGUACUGCUGCUGCUGCUGUCCUCCGCCUCAUCCUCCCCGGAGUCCUGCUCCCCGCGCACUCAGCCCUGCCACAUCCUCUCCCGGAUCGGAUACAGUGUGCGCAUGGGUGCGCUGCUGCCCACCCGGCAGCCCGCGCGGAUACAGAACGCUCUGAACCGCGCCCUGGCCAGCCUCAGGCACCAGAGCGCGGGGUCCGACUCCUCCAGCGGGGCCACCACCACGUCGUCCCAGAGCCCCCCUCUGCUGCCCUAUAAUCUCACACUGGACAUGCUGGCCCGGAUCCCCACCGGAGGAGACCCGGAGUCCCUGUCCCGGAGCACCUGUCAGGACCUGGUGGUGCGGGGGGUGUCCGCGGUGCUGGCCUUCCCCCGGAGCAAAGAGGAGCUCAUCCAGCUGGAGUUUUUGUCCUCGUUUCUGGAGAUCCCGUUCGUGUCCAUCCUGGAGGAUACAGAGCCCCUCAAGACCAAGAACCAGUUCCACUUGCAGAUGUCCGCCCGCGUCCCCCCGUCCACUCUCGGGAGCCUGCUGUUGGCCGUCCUGCAGGGAGGGGAGGAGGAGCGGGACCGCAGCGGAUGGGGAGGUGCAGCUGUGGUGUGCGCGGGUUGGGAGGAAGGCGGAGAGGGCGUACUGUCCCACCUCCAGAUGCACAGCGGCACCAACUGGCACCUGUGGGACAUCGUCGACCUCACCCACAUCACGGGCGACGGGGAGAGACGCGGAGAGGCCAGCGAGGAGACCCGCGAGGACCAGAGGGAAGAGGAAGCGCUAAGGAUACUUUCGAGUCGUCUCCUUCGCUCCCAGUCUCCCAUCUCCUCCGUCCUCCUACUCGGAUCUGACCCCGAGUGUUUGUCGUCAGUUUUACGCGCCGCCCAACGUCUUUCGCCCACUCUGCCGGCGCUGCAGUGGAUCAUGGGAUACCCUAUGUCCCCGGAUGCGCUACACACUCUCGGAGGUCCUCUGGGACUUUUGGCCUACGGGGAGGUGGGACGUAAGCCGCUAAGUUUCUACAUAAGGGACGCUCUGCAUUUGUUGAGUCGGGCUGUUACCGCGGCGACGAUGGUGAGGCCGGACCUGGCGCUGGUCCAGAGCAUGGUCAGCUGCUACGACAAACUCAGCCGACCCGACAGACCUUCCUCAGGACCCUAUCUGGCCAGGUACCUGUCUAACACCUCGUUCACGGGGGCGACCGGUCUGAUCCAGGUGGAGCCGUCUCACUCGCGGGUGCUCUCCUCACAGCUCUUCCACGUCUGGAGCCUGAAGAGGGGCGCUCUGGGGCAGCCGGCCUGGGUCACCGUGGGACAGUGGACCCGCGGGACUCUGGAGCUGGAGAGCGGAGUCCUGGGAUUGGUGGGCGGGUUUGGGAACAGUCAGGGCCAGGGUCUGGGGGCCGGGGUGAGAGGAGGGGAGGGGCAGGCGGAGGGGAUAGUGUGGGGGAGGUGGAGGCCCGGGCUGUCUGUGGAGGGGCACCGUCUGAGGGUGGUCACGCUGGUGGAGCACCCCUUUGUGUUCACACGCGAGGUGGACGAGGACGGCCAGUGUCCCGCGGGGCAGAUGUGUCUGGACCCCAGGACCAACCGGAGCGACGUUAUCAACAAUUUGUUCAACCAGCUCCACAAUCCGAACGCCACCGCGGCCGACUGGGAUGGGCCCGACUUACCCGAGGAUGUCAGAAAGUGUUGCUACGGUUACUGCAUAGACUUGUUGGAGAAGCUGGCGGAAGACAUGGGUUUCACCUUCGACCUGUACAUCGUGGGAGAUGGAAAGUACGGAGCUCUGAGUGGGGCCGGGCGCUGGACGGGGCUGGUGGGGGACCUCCUGAACGGGACAGCGGACAUGGCCGUGACCUCCUUCUCCAUCAACUCAGCCCGCAGCAGGGUCAUCGACUUCACCUCGCCAUUCUACUCCACCAGCCUGGGCAUCCUGGUGCGGAGUAAGGACACGGCGGCUCCCAUAGGUGCUUUCAUGUGGCCGCUGCACUGGUCUAUGUGGGUGGGCAUCUUCGUCACGCUGCACCUCACCGCGCUCUUCCUCACCCUGUACGAGUGGAACAGCCCGUUUGGCAUGACUCCCCACGGAAGGAACAGGCUGCGCGUCUUCUCCUACUCCUCCGCCCUCAACCUCUGCUACGCCAUACUGUUUGGGCGGACCGUGGCCACCAAGACUCCUAAAUGUUGGACGGGCCGCUUCCUCAUGAACCUGUGGGCCAUCUUCUGUUUACUCGUGCUGUCGAGCUACACUGCGAACCUGGCCGCGGUCAUGGUGGGGGAGAAAACCUUCGAACAAGUCUCCGGUAUCCACGACGACAAGUUGCAGCACCCUUCCCUGGGGUUUCGCUUCGGGACAGUGAGGGAGAGCAGCGCCGAGGACUACAUGAAAAAGAGCUUCCCCGAAAUGCACGACUACAUGAGGCGCUUCAACCAGCCCACCACUCCGGAGGGCGUGCAUAUGCUAAAGACAGAUCCCCCCCUGCUGGACGCGUUCAUUAUGGACAAGGCUCUUCUGGACUACGAGGUCUCCAUCGACGCAGACUGUAAACUUCUGACGGUGGGAAAGCCCUUCGCUAUAGAAGGCUACGGUAUCGGACUCCCCCAAGGCUCCCCGCUCACCCGCAACGUGUCCGAGUUCGUGAGUCGCUACAAGUCGGACGGCUUCAUGGACAUGCUCCACGACAAAUGGUAUAAGGUCGUGCCCUGUGGGAAGAGAGUGUUUGCCGUCACGGAGACUCUGCAAAUGGGCAUCCAGCACUUCUCGGGCCUCUUCGUGCUCCUGUGUAUGGGCGUGGGCGGAGCUUUGUUGACCUUGGCCGGAGAGCACACCUUUUAUCACCUGAUCCUCCCCCGUCUGCGCAGGGCCAACACGCUGCAGUACUGGCUACACACCAGCCAGAAAAUCCACCGGGCGCUGCACACCACAUACGAGGACGUGGGGAAGGAGCUGACAGGCUUUGAGGAAAAACCAUCUUCUUGCAUCUCGGAGAACUGCACCCUGCACAGGAAGCAGCACCAGGCCCCGCCCCCCUCGCCUCCGACAUCACUUCCCGCCUCGCUCACUGGGAUCGACACGGGCGCCUCCUCCUCCCCCUCUCUAGACCACAAGGAGAAACGCGUGCACUUCGACCUGGAAACACUUCACAGCUACCGCCUCCGCACCCACACCGCCUCUGUCCGCGGUCGCCCCGGGAUGGUGGGCCGACCUGGGUUGGGAAUGGGAAUGGGUGGACUCGGCCUGGGAAGCUUAACCGGAUUUGGAUCUCCUAGUCACAUUAGCCUCCAUGCUAACGGGGGACCACCAUCUGCACUGGCGUCCUCCGGUUUGGUCCUGUCUCCAUUGGGAAGCAGGACAGGCCAGACCGGUCUUUGGGAAGGAGAGCUCCAGGAAUUGCAAGGGAAAAUUGAAACUUAUCGAACGCAGUUACGAGAAGCUUUGGCCAGGAGAGCGGAAAUCCAGAACAGCAUCGAACGAGAGAGGAGCGGAUUUGUACGACGGGAUACAAGUUUGGAAAGACAGAGGAUACAAACUAUAAACACGGAUAGGAGUAGCUCAGUCCAACCGAAUAUUCCUGAACGGGACAGGACGAGCCAACUCCAAACUUUGAACAAUCAGCAGCAGGUGGCAAGGGCUAACCAAUCAGGAGCGAGUUUGGAAGGACGCAGCGGCCAAUUAAAUAACAGUUUGGACAGAGGGCGAUCUAAUGAGGUGCGCUCUGUGAACACCUUAACGGGGGAGAGGACUGUGCAAUCGCGUGCUUCCGCCAGUUUGGAGCGUAACCGUGGGAACCAACAGGGAACGGUCCAAUCGCGAAACACUUCUAGCCUGGACAGACAGAAGGCUAACCUGACGCGAGCGCUCAACACCGUGGACAGGACGAACACAAACCCAGCCACUGUGAACCGGACCUGAGCAGAGGCAGGAGUGAGGAGAGCAGGGUGCGAGCUGUGGGAAGCAGAAAACGGGAAAAAAAUCCAAAAAUUAGCAAUGUUAUAUG